CAGACUGGCACGAUACAACUGACUACUCAGCCACUACCAUAUAGCAAUACUCCGUGUUACCGACAAAACGCUCAGCUUUCCAAAUAUUUUUCUUGUUCUCCACAAGCAGAUCACCAAGGGAUUUCCAUUUAUCAUUGUGGGCCGACCAUGUUACCCUUUUCGAGAGACAAUAUUGAACAGGAUCAGGUAUUCCUAAGCCGAUGGUUGGUCUCAAGCCAGUCGAACCUCAACGAAAUCGGGAAACGAGCAUCGACGGACGCGUCCGUUGACACUAAGGGAAGUACUGCAGAUACGAGCGAAUGCUCUCAGUCCUUUGAUGACACCAUCUCUGAGGUGUCCUGCGAACUGGGGAUUUGUUUCGCGUUGCAGUUGUCCGUGUCCGACUUUGCGGAAGCCGAAUUUCACUCCAGCGCCACGAUUGGCUCACCAGAGUCGCUGCACGAACACCAAGCUUAUUCCACCACUUGUUCUACAAAUCACAAAAAGCAGGAAACAGAAGACCGCUCUACUUUCACAUUCGAGCAGCAGCUUGCUCAUGGCGUGGCAGCCAUGCAAGCCAGUAAAUUUCAAUGUGCUGUGGCUUUUUUUGAACGAGCAUCAGACGAGACCAACGGAGUUCCACGCGGUGAAAGAAUACCACUUCGCCGGGCCAGAGCGCUUCACCUCGUUUCCUUGGCAGCCUCACAAUUAAAAAACCUCGAUUUGGCUCAUAACGCAGCCCAGGAAUCUUACCUGAUCCGUCUCCAAUCCUACGGACCACUUCAUAUUGAUACGAUUGCCUCAUUCAGUAACCUCGGCUACAUCUAUAUUGAACUAAAUGAAGUUGGAAAGGCCGCAUGGUGCCUGGCUCAAGUGCUCAAGGCACUUCGCGCAGUAUUUGGCUACGAGCACGAAAGUGUCGGAACCACGGCGACCACAUUAGCCGCCAUUUAUUUGCGGCUAGAGCGACCCGAACAGGCCAAGCGCUGCUACCUAUAUGCUUUGGAAACGUACCGAGCGCUGGGCUGGGAUAAAACACGUGACGGGCUCGAAGAGGAGCUCUAUAAGUUGGGGUUGAGCGAAACUCGUGUGGAUCUGUAGUUGGGCAUUAGGUUACCACAGACACUAACCUGUUUGGUAUAUUAUUGCCAACAUUUUUUGGAGCAUGACUGACUGUGAAUACUUCGAUAAAAUUGCACAUUCCUAACUGUAAAUGACAAAGUCGGCGUCCAAAUCAAUUGUUUCUCAAAAUCUCGGAACGCGGGCCGUGCCAGAUGGUAUAGAGGAAAACCACAUUUCCUCGAGCAACUGUUUUCGGUCGGAGUCAUAAACAACUGUGCGUUGCGUCUCUAUUGUAAUUUGAAAGGGAUCCUG